UCUGCCAGCGCCACCUCCGCCAACGCAGGGCUGUGUCUAGGAUGGAGGACAAGCAUCCCGACCCUGGAACCCCCUCAGGCCUGCUCUCCAGGACAGGGAGGAGGGCGCAUUCAGUCAGUUAGUCUGAGUAACGGAGGCCAAACAUGUGCUAGGCUCUGUUUUAAUUACUGGGGUUUCAUUCAUUUAUUGAAUUCCCCGGUAAAACCCUGAAGGAGACAGACAUCUUCCCUACCCUCAAGGAUGAUGUAGGCUUCUCUGGGAGAUGGUUUGAAAGAAAAAAAAAAAAAAGCAAGCAGAUAAGAUACGGAGGGAUAAGAUUAGUUGCUGAGAGGAAAGUGAAAUAGGGUAAGGCGAUAGUUUGGAGGGAAUAGAUGCUUUAGAAUGUUCAGGGAAGACCUUUAAGGAGGUGAGUCCUGGAUGAUCGUAAGAGUCAUGUGCAGGUAUGGGGGUGGGGUGGGGAGAGUUUGUAGAAAAGGGAACAAGGAGGACUUUUCUGAGGGGGUGCAAUUUAAACUGAAUCCUGAAUGAUAGAGGAAGAGUGGUUAUGCACAGGUGUGGGAGCAGAGAGAGAUGAGGACAGAGGUCCUAAGGUGAGAAUGAGCUUGGUGUGAAUGAUGAGCUGUGUGCUGCAGUGGACAGAACUUAAGUGAUCUAGUAGGGUAGACCAAGGGCUUUACCAGUGGGGGACAGGGGAUCUGAUCCCCAUUUGACAGAGCAGCAAACGGAUUCCAGAGGGAGAAACUGGUUGAGGAAGUGAUGGCGCCUGGCUUUUCCAAUUCCACCAUGGCUGACCUUGAAGCCUGUGCAUCUCUUUACUGUUACAUUCUAGUCCAGUGCGAGGUCUCCUGCAGGAUUGAGGGGCUGAGUCUCUGCUCUCACAGGGAAGCAGUGGCUCUGGCAGAGGCAGAACCAGAUGGGCCUGGACUUGAAGCUCUUGUCCUUUGUUUUUGCCUGUGACCAUUCAGAGCCUGGGAGAAGGAGCCACUUAACCCCAGGAGGCAUCAUAGGAGACUAGAUUUUCUCAGUCAAGCUAGGACUUCUUUGAAGGUAGCAGCUAGGCCUGAUUCUUUUGGGGGACGGGGUCACGUAAGUCUAGUCUGGGAGAAGUAGAGUCUCCGUGCGUGUGUGGGAAAUGCACACAUUUCCCUGCCUCUGGGAAGGACUGGAAAUGGGAAUGGGAAAAUGCGUUCUGGACCUUGUAUAUGCUUGAUAAGAAGCCUCAGGCUGCAGCAAGAUGAUUGUGGUCCUGGCAAGGCCUUAGUCUGUGAGUGAGUGAUUCAGAAAGGUCUAGCUUGGGGCUGGUGGGCAGUCAAGUACCCACUUACAGACCUGUGAGCCCCACAGUAACCUGAGACUUAAGUGUAAGGGGGCCAGGCAGCAUGCCUUCCCUUAUUUGUUAAGAGAAUGGAUUCUGACAUCAGAGUGCCUUGGUUCAAAUUGCAGCCUUGCCGUCUGUUGGCUUUGUGACCUUGGCUAACUCAUUUAACCGCACCAUGCCUCAGUACCCUCACCUGUAAAACAGAUAAUUACAACACCUACUUCAGAGGAGACGAGUAAAAGCACUCAGAACCAAAUCUGGCUCAUAGCAGUGCCAGAAAGUGUUAGCUAAUGUUUAUGUUUAGGGAAUCACACAUACAGUUCCUUGGAUACGCCUCCCAAACUCGGCUCUGCCCAUCACCUACUGUGUGGCCUUGCCUCAGUUUCUUCAUCUGUAAGCCUCAGUCUUCUCAUCUGCUAAAGGGGAAUGACAGUCACUUUGGAUUGAACACAGCAAACAUGGGCAAGGCACUGAAGGAUGGUGGUAGCCGUGGAAGAGAAUAGUGGUCAGCAUUUACUGAGCUGUGUGCUGAGAGCUUCAAGGCUGUUCUCUCCUGAGUCCUGCUGUGUGUGCUCUGUGGUACAGGCGCUCUGGUUAUGUGCAUUUGAUAAAGGGGGGUACUGAGGUAGCUCAGGGAGUGACAAUGCCAGGGAGGACAUGCUGGGGACUUUUUUUUUUUUUUUAAACUACUCCUCUGGAAGUUCUGACAGGGUUCGGGAAGAGUUCUGCAUCUCAUUUCUGGUGUUCCCAGCAGGGUAUGCUUUCCUUUUCUCUCUCUCUUUCUCUUUUUCUCACUCUUUUCUGUCUGUCUCUCUGUUUGCUUUUUGGAGGUAUCCCUUUAUGAAGUGUAGUGUCUUAAGUAUAGGGCUCAGUGGAUUUUUACAUACAUAUGCUCGUGUAGCCAUCACCCAGAUCAAGGUUUGGAGUGGACCUGGUUCCCAGAAGCGCCUUCAUUUCUGUCAUUUUUCCCAAGUUGUCUUCCCAGGUGGCUGCAUGGGAGCUCUGUCUGUAAGAUGCGACAGUUUGGGUAACCAGAGUUUGGUCAUUUUAGAGUGUUAAAGGAAGAGAACCAGAGAAAUCAAAAGCUCGCAGGGCCAAGGUGGGUGGAGAGGGUGUUUUUCUUUUAAAAUACAUGGGCGGUUUUAAGGAGAAAUUGAAGCAGCUCGUUCAGACAAUUGUUUUGGUAUCUGGCCCCAGGUCUGUGGUUCCUAACAGGACUUGUGAUAUUAUUUUAAGUGGGCAGAUGGCUUUUUGAUAGCUUCUUUAUCUUUUGAUCUCAGCUCUUGCAAAGGGGAGGUUGGUGCUCAUUGCAAGAUCAGCGGUAAGAUUUUCUUUGUAGGUCGGUGGCUUUCUUGGCGAGUACAUUUCAACUUAUUUUUGUUUUAAAAGCUGUGUGCUGCCUGGGACUUGGAGCACUAUUGAAGAACAGCUGCCCCUGCGAGCCAGCCCUCUUGGGAACCAGUAGCUGGUCGCAGGGGAUAGGCUGAAUGUGUGGGAGCCCUGUGGUAGAGGGCCUUGUUCAGAAGUGCCGGCCGCAGCCCCCGCCCCUGCCUCCCGCCCUGAACUGGGCAUGGCCACGUCAGGUGGGGGCACAGGGAAAGUUUAUGUUAUGGGACCAGGCUUUUGAUAACACUUAGGCUUCGAGAUGAUCCAUCAACAAGCAUUUGUUGAGGGCCUACUAUGUGCUGGGCACGGUGCUAGGUUCAAACAGGGAAAAAGACGCAGACUGGCACUACGCUGUCGAGGGUAUUGUGGUGGAAUUGGGUGGGAGAGGCAGGGAUGGAGGGCUUGGUGUGUGACGCUUGGCAGAGACCCUACUCUGUGCUGGGCGUUUUGCUGAGGGUUCGCAUGCAAAGGCCUCAUCUAAUCCUUUGAGCAUUCCCCUUGAGAGAGACUGUUUUUAUCCCUCUUUCCUGGAUGAGCAAACUGAGGCUCCCAGAGUCCAGGGUCCUAGGGCUGGUGUCGGGAGGAACCCUCCUGGUCUGCCUUGGCUUAACACCCUUACGAGGUGUCCUGUUCCUCUUAGAAAAAAAAGACCAAGAAAGCCUCAGCAUGGCCUUCCAGCAUCCUCCUGCCCUGUCCCCCAGUCUGUCCUCCACAGCUGCUAGUCUCACAUCACACCAUCCAUCCUCUGCCUUCAGAGCUCCUGUCACUGUGGUCUUAACAAGGUGCCUUGCCCCUUAACUGCCUCAGGGCCUUUGCCCAUGCUGUUUUCCAUCACCAGGAAUGUUGAUCCUGUACUCCUUGUGGUCUCCUCGUUUUGAUCCAUCAGUUCUAAGAGUGCUUCCCCUGGAAAGCUUGUCCAUCCCAACAUCCUGAUGUUUUCUUAGCAUGGCCCUGAUGUUUUCAUAGUGUAGAUCAGCUAAGCCCUGCCUGAAAAUGUCAUGUAGCAGAACAGGUGUGUGUUGCCACAAUUUUAAGAUCAUUUCCCACCCUGCCUGGCAGUCCUAUUCUAUUUUUCUGAUCCACUCUUGUCUCCACCUUGCUGUGACUCUUUUCAAAUGUUCUUUACCUUCAGACUUUACUUCCUGCUUCAAAAAACAAAAAGAAGCUGAAAGGAUGGAACUCCCCAUAGCUCACAGCCCCCCAGCAUGCAAACUAAGUUCCCUCCCUUGUGUUACAGGGGAGGAGGGGCCCCUUUUACUGUCUCAGGCCAGUCUCCCCAUUUGUGCUCUGCAAGUUCCAUUUUCUGCCACCUGCUCCAGAACUUGACCCUUUCUCUCCUGGCAGCUUUUUUUAGCCCUCCUUGCUGAUCCUCUCUCUUGGCCUUCAUACAUGCUAGCAUCUCUCCUGUCUGAAAAACCUGUCCUUUGACCUCCCCUCUGUCCCUGCUGCUCCCAACCAGCACCUAACCACCCCUUCCUCUUCAGUGCUGACCCCUCUCUGAAGAGUUGCUGACACUCUCCUUCUCCGUUUGCUUCAGCCCCCCACAUCUACCAGAUUCCGGAGGUGGUUUUGGUUUUCUUCUUGAAGUUGCUGAGCAUUCCUACUUAACACACGGUCUCUCCCUUGCCUUGGGACCACGCUCUGCUGCUUUUCCUCUUAACCCUCUGGCCUUUCUCCUUGCUCUUGCCUUCAGCUCACAUAGCCAGGCUGGGUGUCUCUCACUUGGCUGGUGUCCCAAAGAUGGGUCCCGUGUUCGAGAUCGAAUCCAUCACCUCCCCAGCAGUGUUUCUGAGCGGCCUCUCCCUGACCCCUCCCUUGCUUAUCUUCCUUCUAAGCAUCCUAAGCCCAUCCUGACCCUGGAGUCUGGGCCAGGGCCCUUUGUUCCAGAGCAUUCUUCCUUUCCUGAAGGCACAGACCUCAGUUUGUAGUUAGACCUUCAUUAGGGGAUUAUUGGAUGACCCUCUCUGCCCUCUUAGACUGUAAGCUCCGUGAGGGGUAGGGACAUGGUCUGCUUUUUGUUCACCUCUGUAUUCCUGCAGGGCCUGCCACGGUGCCUGGCACUUAACAGGUGCUCAAUAAAUGUUUGUUGAAAGAAUGAGUGUGAGUUAUUUUUUUAAAUGUCUUCCUCCACACGAAAUUGUCAGCUUGCUAGUUGGGUGUGCUCCUCCUUGUGUCUCCAGGGUCUGUCACUGGGCUGAUGCACGGUAAGGCCUCAGUGAUUUUUAGGUCACCUGUUGCUGAAUGGUUGGGGACACAACUUGCUCUCUGAGUUGGCAGCCUUAGGGGAAACCAGAACAAACAAAGUUGAAACAGGACAGGUCAAGGGCCGUCUUAGUUGUCCAGAAAGUCAGGAUUGAGUGAGAAAGCAAUCCUUUUGUACUCCACCGACAAUUGGUAGGGCAUGAUGGUUAAGGAUGUGGACUGAGGCCACACACUGGAAGUGGCGGAGCUGGGCUCUGGGCCAGGGUGGUCCUCCUCUAGUUCCACAGUUCCUAAAGGCUAUACAAGGCUGGGUGGUGCAUCUGACCAGCGGGGCAUUGCUAGGCAAGUUGCUGUCCUUUUCAGAGCCUCAAUUUCCCUCAGUGGGAAUUUGGAGGAGAUCGCUGUUUGUUAGCACUUUAUAGGCGAUGUUCCACUAUUUUCUCAGUCUACCCCACAGCCCUCUGGGGUGGCCAUUACCAUUGUACCUUCCUUACGGAGGAGGAAAGUGAGGCAUCGAGAGGUUAAGUGACUUGUUCCAGGUCACACAGCUGGUAGGUGGCAGAGCUGAGAUUAUUCAAAGUUAGCCUGUUCUGACACUUCAUUGAACUGUGAAAUCAGUUUCCUGGAUCCCAACCAAUAUUAAAGAAAAAGAAGUAGCAUAGGAAAUAGUGUGCAUCACAACACGUAGUAAAGGUAAGUGCUGUUUCACUCAAAGAACAACUGUUUUUCAGUUUUCUAUAACUGUAUAUUUACACAUGUAUGGGGGGUGCCGGCGUAUGAUGUCAAAUGUAUUUCUUACUGUGGGUCACUGCCAAAUGAAUGAAGUCCCUGCCAUGAAAGAGGCUCGUGGCCACGAUAAACUGCUGUCCUCCCUCCCAGCCCGCCUGAGGGGCUGUGAGUCCCAGAGUCGACACUGACACAGACCGUAGCUGGGGAAGGCAGAGCAGUGCACCCCCCCCCCCCAGAAUUUGGUGACUUUCACAGCUGCUUCAAACCCUGUUCUUGUCAGAAAGCAGAUGGCUGGGGGAGUAACCAGAAUCCUGGGAUUCCAAGUAUCGUGGGGCAGGUUUCUGAAGCCACCUGACCUCCUGGGGAGUCAGCAUGAUCUUCGAGUUGACUGCAUGGGAGCUGGGGUCUGCUGAGUUUCCCUUUGGGUUUCAGCACAUGACCCACUUUGGGCUUGCCAAGUUCUUUGAAAACAGCGUCGGGGGUACUCCCAGAGGACUCGGGGUGGCUGCAGUGAUGUGACUGCUCUGAGAGUCUGCUUUGUUCUUGCCCAUUGGGGGUUGUCAGCCCUCCCCCGCUUGCACUCUGGUGAUUAACUUUUUUGUUCUGUCUCGGCUGGCCCAGGCUGGGGCUGACGGCACCUCUUUCUGAAAUCUCACCUUCCGGUCUCUCCGCAUGUCAUCUGAGGUCAGCGGUCGUUGAAUUUCCUGAUGGCAGGAGGAAUUUCACACUUAGGAGACUGGUGUGGCCCCUUCUAGGCUGCACUGUCUUGACUAGUUUUUGAGAACACCCCAAGGAUGCAUCCUGGGUGUGGGUCCAGGAUCCCGGGCCUGCCCCCGGCCCACUACUGCGUUUUGCCCUGGAGAAGAUAGCACGUGGCAUUCGUGGGGCUGGUGCCAAAAGAGCAGGUUUCCUUCUCGAAAAUUAUCAAGCACCCUGGAGGUACAGUUUUGUUCUUAAUCUCCUCCCUCCCAGUUUUUCUAAGAACCCCUCUUCUCUGUUACUGAUCAGUGAGUCAGUAUACACUUGUACUCCAUUUCUCUUACUAUCCUCCUUUUGAUUAAAGUCAUAGCUGCCCCUGAAUGUUUACUGUGAAAGACAGUUCAAGGAUAUCUAGGUUUUUUUUUUUUUCAGCCCACAGUUUCGAACAGUCUUCAAAAUGGAGCCGUCUUUGGAUUGUUAUCAGUGUGGUAUGUAGUUAGUGGGUGUAGAGACACGGUUCCUUGAGCCUCAGUUUCCGCAUUUGUAAAAAGGGAAGGGUGUUGCUUUGAAGGAUAGAUGUGAAGGUUUUCAAAUGACUUGGUGUAUCAAUGAAAAGGGCCCACGUUGGAGGAGAUGAACGAUAAAUGCUUGUGCCUCCUGCUUUCAUCUCUCUGACUUCAGAGGUAUGGAGAGAGCCCUGUGUACUUCUGCUGACUUUGUGGAUCUUGGGAUCGGCUGAAUUGCUUGACCUGAUUUCUGGAAGCUCCCCGUCUUCUCACGCUCCUCUGCUGCAGAAGAGAUGCUCUGGGGGCUGAGGGAUUUGUAUUGUAUUUGUUUUUCCUCUCCUUCCCUCAGCUGAACUGUGGAAUGCUUUUCCUUCUGGUUGGCUGCAUCCUGUGUCCCUCCCCGCCCCACCUUUUCUCUCUCCAAUACAUCUAGGACUCUGGAGUGGUAUUUCAGAGCCUGGUUGUACAUGUCAGCACUGGGCCAGAUGGCACGGGACGGCUUGCCUAGUCCUGCCCCUGGGAGGGAGGACUACUCUUCUGUUUGUGGGUCUUCUUGAAGAAACUCGCUUUAGAUGAUCUUAGAAAGGUAACUUUUUCCUCUAAUGAAGGACUGUGCUAGCAAAAGAAGUCUUUAGAAAUUGUGUUGGGCCACAGGUCCAAAGACCUAGAUUUUAAACUUCUGGGGGAACUGGCGCAAGAUCAGGCUGGUUUAUUCCAAAUCCUCCUUUCUUCUCUGUGAUGCUUGGGAGUUGGUGGCCAGGAUUCUGGAGUCACUCACUCCCGGGCCUGGUAAUACUCAGAUUCAAAUACCUUCGGUGGGACGCACGAGCUCUAGCCCAUAGAGAAAGAUAGUUCCUUCUGGAGCUUCCAAACUCUAGAUCCAUGUACCUGAUUCAAAUUUCCUCCCUGAGGGACCUUGCUGUGACUUCUGUGUCUGGUGGUCACCUAGCCACAUGUCCCACGAAGGCAGGGAAACUGGGAAAGAAUAUAUGAGCAAAAGACAGGUCCAAAGAAAAGCCUGAAUGAAUGAAGAGGGAGAGAUCUUGUCUGUUAUUGCUGCCCCCCUCUACCUACUUCUGGAAAGGAUCAGAGAUGGCAUUGGGGUAAGACCCCAGUUUCCCCCCACCCCCUGUCCAGGAAGCAGCAGUUUGUUGAUCAAGAGCCUGGAUUUAGACAUGGGAGCCAGAAGGCUUAGGUUUUGGUCCUUGCUGCCUGACCUCGAGCCGUUUCCUCAGCUUCCACGUCAUUAUCUGUGAGAUGCAGAUAAUACUACCACCCACUUCACAGGAUUAAAAGUACCUUCCUCACAGGAUUAUUGUGAGGCUGCGUUAAUAGAUGUGAAAGCACCCAGAACAGUGCCAAACAUCACAGAAGGUAUUCUAUUCAGGUCAGCUAGUGAUCCCCGGUUUCUGAGAGGCAAUUAAUUAUGUUUUUCAAAAAGUUGCAACCAUCUGCAGAAAUGUCAAUGUCAUCAUAUUACCUUUUAGGAAUGAGAAGUUCUGAGCAAUUGCCUCAGCUCCUCUCCGCCUCUGCUCAUGUUUUUGUUAACACUUCCCUCUCAUUUGCCUUAAUCUGUAAACAUUUGGUACUCAUUUCUGAGAAUGAGAACAGCGAUUUCUCCAUGAUCCCUGUGACCCCACCUCUGGGAGAGACCAGGCGAAAUACACUUGCCUUAUGCCACUUAGACGGAGGGGCCUGACUUCCGUUGUGGAGGAGGACCAACCUUAAUGAAUACCCACGGUCGAUUCAGCCCCCUGCUCUGUGCCAGACCCUGGUGUGUGGCUCGAUGGCCUUGACUGCCCUGUGCUUGGUGUGUAUAUCCUGACUGUCCUGUGCUCCGUUUUAAGGCCCACUGAGGAAGAGCUGAGAAUGAGGAGCGCGGAGGACAGCACCCCUGCUGUGGCAGAGCGCCCUAAUGUCCAGGAGUCAGUGGGUCCCCUUGUGGCCCCCACCCCUCUCCGCCCAUGGCCUCAGAUGACGCUUCAGGUUUCUGAAGUUACAGUGACUGGCAAACCCCCAGAGGAAGGUGACGUCCCCAGAAGCAAUCCGCCUGUGGCUUUCACAGAGGUCCCCCAGGCACGGGCCAUCAGGAUUCUCCCCUCUUCCUCUCUCUGUGGCCUGGGUGGCUCCCCCAGGGACCAGGCCUCGGGGCCCGAUGCAAGUGAGGGGACAGUCGGGCCUCUUCUGGAACCCAGCCAGCAACAGGUGGAGGCCACGUGGGAAGUAUCGCAAGAGAAUGGAGGGGGCCGAAAGGACUCCAUGGUGGGGGCCUUAAUGGAUGAACCCGCUGGGGGUCUGGAGGUUGUAGGUGGGUUGGAGGAGCUGCUUGGCGAGGACACCAUUGACCAGGAGCUGGAGCAGCUCUACCUGUCCCACCUGAGCCGCCUGCGGGCCGCUGUGGCUGCAGGUGGGGUGGGAGGUGGCGGGGAGGGCCCCACAGAUGGGGGGGUAUCCCCCAGCCAUCCCCUGGGCAUACUCACGGACCGCGACCUGAUCUUGAAGUGGCCUGGCCCCGAGCGGGCCCUGAACAGCGCCCUGGCUGAGGAGAUCACCCUGCACUAUGCCCGGCUGGGGCGUGGUGUGGAGCUUAUCAAGGACACUGAGGAUCCUGAUGAGGAGGGGGAGGGCGAAGAGGGACUCUCCAUUGUACCCUCCAGCCCAGAAGGGGACACCCCCAAGGAAUCACCUCCAGAAAUCCUCUCAGGGGUCCAUCCUGUGGUAGCCACUAUGGGAGAUGUGUGGCUCCCGUGGGCAGAGGGCUCGGGCUGUGACAGCCCCGUGGUUCUGGGUGCAGAGGGUCAGUUCACUGGGGCUCCAGAAAAAGGGAUGGGCAAGGACACUGACUCUCUGCGCAUAAGUAGGGUGAUGGCUGGGGUGACCGGGCCCCCAGGGGAGAAAGAAGGCCGGAUGGAGUUUACCACUGAGUGGGCAGACAGCUUGGUUCCUAGAUCCGGUAAGGAGCCAGCUGCUCCAGUCCUACGGGGGCAAAGUUUGACCCUCCUCAGUCCCUUGGGGCCUGAAGUCUGUCCUUCUAGCCUGGCCAGGCCCCAUAUGAGCCCCCAGGAUGAAGAGGGUGCAGGCCCAAGCCUGGAGCCCCCAAAGAAGUCCCCCACCUUAGCAGCCCCUGCAGAAAGUGUGUGUGUAUUGCCUCCCCAGCUGUGGGGGCCCUUGACCCAGACUCUGGGGGUCCUGGCUGGGUUGGUGGUGGUCCCUGUGGCUCUGAACAGUGGUAUGUCCCUCCUGGUGCUUGCGCUGUGCCUCUCUCUGGCCUGGUUCUCGUAGAGGCUGCUUGUGUGGGGUGCAGCAGUAACAGACUUCCCCCCUCUCUGGGGUGUGGAGAGAGGCCGUCCCUGCACUGCACCCAGGGGGUUCAGAUAGGAUGUGUGGCCUGUAUAGUGAGGGGUCUUUUGCUUCUGAGAAUGCCCAACUGGAGAGAGACCUUCCCGUCCCUGAGGACUUGUCGGCACAGGGCUCCCUGUGGUGAUGCCAGUGGAGGGGAACAGGGCACGGUGGACGGUGUGAGAUAACUUUCAGAGAGGAACUGGGCAUGCCCUCCCUUCCUCCCUCCCCAAGCCUGUAUUUAUUUUUGUAUAAUUCUCUGGACGAGGGCGAGUGGUCGUGAGCUGGUCUUGGGGCACAAUUACCCAGAGAUAUAUUUAUUAACAGCCAACCUGUGCAACCUGCUGGAGCUUUAUUUUUAAUUUAAUUUAUAUAGAGUACCUAUUAUUAUAUGCCACAAUAGAGCUCUAUGAGAAAUGA